AUGAUUUUAUCGAUGGUGAUCGUCAGUAAUACCGGUAGUGUAGAAGACAUUUACGGUGACUGGGUACCAGUUGCAUUUUAUCCUGUAGCCACGUACAUUCCAACGUGCUUGAAAGUGUCGUUUGCUAAAGUGUCGAAAGAGUUUCAAUGUUCGUGCCCGGACGCAAAAAAUACAACACUAUUUCUAUUCAGAGGACCUGGGCAAAGUGAUGAUAGCCCGAUGUUCCCUGUGGUGGUAGCAGACCCGACCAGUAAAAUAGCGGAAGCUUUAAAUGUCUCGUGCAGGUGUGGUCAGAUCCAAUACCGACACCGCAAAGUCGCGAAACAGAUUAACAAUAACUAUUUAGUGCUUUACGAGAUGCAGAACAAUGUGGUUUCUACUGCCGACAACGAACCGAUUUCAGCCCAAAUGUUUACUCGAGAAAUACCAACGUAUUUGGAACUGAGAUUUACAAUAAAAAGUAUUGACGACUUCAUAUAUAGAAAUGUCGGGAUUAUGUGCACACAAGAGUUUUUAGAAGCGGAGUCACGAUACAAAGUGCUACGGCAGCAAGGUCACCUAAGAGACCGAUCAGCUCGGUCACUACGCGUCCAGAAAUUCACUUACGACUUUGUGAAAUUUAUUACCAACAGUCUAAGUAUUCUUGAACCUUAA